UGCGCGGGCGCAAGCAAGUAGGGGCUCCCGGUGGGCGGUGGCAGCGUCGGUGCCCCGCGCAGCCUGGAGGCCGCCGAGGCUCGCCAUGCCGGGAGGACUCUAGCUCUCCCAUGGAGUCGGCCGACUUCUACGAGGCGGAGCCGCGGACCCCGAUGAGCAGCCACCUUCAGAGCCCACAGCACGCGCCCAGCAGCGCCGCCUACGGCUUUCUCCGGGGCGCGGGCCCCGCGCAGCCCCCCGCCCCACCUGCCGCCCCGGAGCCGCUGGGCGGCAUCUGCGAACACGAGACGUCCAUCGACAUCAGCGCCUACAUCGACCCGGCCGCCUUCAACGACGAGUUCCUAGCCGACCUGUUCCAGCACAGCCGGCAGCAGGAGAAGGCCAAGGCGGCCGCGGCCCCGGUGGGAGGCGGCGGCGGCGACUUUGACUACCCGGGAGCCCCCGUGGGCCCCGAAGGCGCUGUUAUGCCUGGGGGCGCGCACGGCCCCCCGCCCAGCUACGGCUGCUCGGCGGCCGGCUACCUGGACAGCAGGCUGGAGCCCCUGUACGAGCGCGUCGGGGCGUCAGCGCUGCGGCCGCUGGUGAUCAAGCAGGAGCCGCGCGAGGAGGGCGAGGCGAAGCAGCUGGCGCUGGCCGCCAAGAAGUCGGUGGACAAGAACAGCAAUGAGUACCGGGUGCGGCGCGAGCGCAACAACAUCGCGGUGCGCAAGAGCCGGGACAAGGCCAAGCAGCGCAACGUGGAGACGCAGCAGAAGGUGCUGGAGCUGACCAGUGACAAUGACCGCCUGCGCAAGCGGGUGGAACAGCUGAGCCGCGAACUCGACACUCUGCGGGGCAUCUUCCGCCAGCUGCCCGAGAGCUCCCUGGUCAAGGCCAUGGGCAACUGCGCGUGAGGCGCGCCGCGGCCGGACCGCCUUGGGCCGGCCCCUGGCUGGGACCCAGGGAGUGCUUUCGGGUCUCCGGAUCUCAAGACUGCCCGGGCCGCGCAUGCCAGGACUAGGAGAUUCCGAUGCCGCCUGAAAGCCUGGACUGUCGCGCGUGCCCCUUGCCUUCUCCUGCGCGGGACACGGUGCGUCUGAGAUAAAGGGUCAGGCAGUAGUUUCUCCUUGUAAGAGAGGAGAAGCGCCGCGGGGCCAAGCCGGGAGCCUGGCAACUCUAGUAUUAAGGAAUAACCUUGUGCCUUGGAAAUGCAAACUCACCGCUCUGAUUCCUACCAAGUAGGGGGAGCAAAUAUGUGCCUUGUCAUUUUAUUUGGAGGGCUUCUGCCUUGGUCCCAAGGCUGCAAGGCUGCAGCAGGCCCCUAUGAGAGAAGGAAGGGUGCAGGCUUCCGGCUGGAAGAAGGUUCAGGGAGCAGAGAUCCUCCAAAGCAGCCCCAGCCGCUCCUCAGCUCCUUGUCCUUGGAGGGGAGGAAACAGGGGUCUGAGGCUUUGAACCUAAGGUUGCACCCCUAGUUCUACAUGAAGGUGGAGGGUCCCCAGUUCCUUGUCUCUAAGAUCCCAGCCUACAACAGACUGGGCUUCCAGGGCAGAACUCCCUGAGAUCGAAGUCACCAUGUGACCAGUGGGAGACCUCGCCCCGGGUCAAACCAGAAAGCUAAGUGUGGAUUAGCUAUAAGGACAUAUGUUCAUGGGAGUGGGGGCCUGGUGGAAGAGGGGAACCUAGAGGUCCGGUCUGGGGGUUGGGGGAGGGGUGAAGGGACACUGGGACCAUUAGCCAUGUCUGUACUGUAUGUCGCCAGCAUUGCCAUACAAACAUGAAGCUCAGUCAGUCCAUCCCGGAGGGACCCAAGUUAUGAGAAGCUCUCCAAAUAUUUUGCUUUAUCAGCCGAUAUCAACAUUUGUAUCUGGCUCUGUGUCCCAGUGGAGCCUUGUGCAAUGUGAAUGAGCAUGUCUAUGCUAAACCACCAUUUUCUUUGGUUUUUGUUUUGUUUUGGUUUUGCUCAGAUACUUGCCAAAAUGAGACUCUUCGUCAGCAGCUGCAGGGAGGGUCUUUUCCUUUUGGUUUGGGGAUUGCUUUUGCUCCCAGGGGAACCAAAGAGGCAAGAUGGGCUUCCCCUUUCCCCUCAGCAUUCCCUGGGGUGGCUGUGGGCCUUGGUCCCCUCCGGCCCCAAGCUGCCCACAGGCUUGUCUCCCACAGAGGCCUGGCUCCCGGACUGGAAGGGAGGCGGCCUCCAGCCAGCACACACAUCGCUGGGCUUGGGAGCAGGAAAGGAUGGCUUGGUUCUCCUUUUGGGGAGAACGUAGAGUUUCAUGCUAGAUGUUUUAUGUAUUAUGUCUAUAAUAUAAGCAUAUCAAAGUAAAUGUUGGUGUGUUUUUAAAACCAGAAAA